AAGAGAUGCUGCUUUAGAGUAAAAUGCUUCAUAGGCGCUACCUCAGGAUGUUGAUGCUGGACAUGAACCUCCAGAGGAGAUUACUGCAGUUGUUUGUCCAGCUUCUUUUACUUCUGCUACUGCAUCCAAAAAUUUGGAUCAGAAAUACAUCAUGAAAGAAAAUUUUGCGAUGACUCUAGAGAUCAAAUUUAAAGCAGAUGAGGAAGAACAACAUAUUUACUCUGGGCAAUUGAAUCCUUCAUCGCUUAAAGGAUUUCAUGGUCUAUAUAUGUUCCCCCUGAAGAAGAAGUCACCAAAACCUUUUCAGACAGCAGGCAUUUAUCUAUUUCGAUUUUCUCUUAUAGAAAGUUGUACAAUUUCUGUAAAGGAAGUGCGCGUGAAAGCAUUGUCUGAGCCUACUAGUUGGGAACUUGGCUGGUUCUUGUUUUCCAGAGGUUUUCAGUGUUGCAUGCCGUGAUAGAUUCUGCAA